AUACCAUAUAUGGGCAUUGAUGAGGAUAGUGGGUACUUGAACAGAAACAAAGACAAUCAGGCAAGCUCUAAAACUCCAGAAGAAAUCCAGAGGGGCCCUCAAACUAUUUUGGAAAAUACCUUGGACAUGGGACUUAGCGUAGACAUGGAUCACCCUCCCUCAGGAUCUCUGGAGUCACCUCCUGUCACUGAUUUCCAUGAAGAUGAGCAGAGUGGUUCAUCAUUCGUAUCAGUGCUAAUUUUAUCUGGUCAUCUCAUCACCCUGUUUUAUGAGUAUCUUGGAAUAUAUGGUGUUAUGAUGGUCACCAGCCUGCCAGAGCACUGGAAGUCAGGUCCAGACUUCUACAGCGUGUUCUGUGAACCCGUGCUGGUCACUGCAGGUGCCGGGGUCAUCGGCUUCCUCUUCUGGAGUAGCAUUCUAUCUGUCAAAAGCAAGUCAUAUCUAAUUACUGAAAAAGAGCUGGUGGACAGGAUGAAAAUGCUUGAACAAGAGAAGAAGGAGAUACUCCAAAAGGUCGCUGAACUGCAGCAACGGGGCGAAGAACUUAAAGAAAAUCAAAAGCUGUCUGAAAAAUCUGCCACUUUCUCUCUGGAGAAGAUCCAGGAUUUGGAGAAUAUUGUGCAAGAGAUGGAGAGACAAAAUGAGCUCCUGGAUGAGGAAAAUCACUUACUCGCCAUAUCCUUUGACAAAGAGCGGGCCAACACUGCGAAACAUGACGAUAUGAUGUCCGAAAUGGACAAAACCAUUGAGAAGUUGAAGCGCAGCAAGAAGAAGACCCAGGACGCACUCUCCAAGUCUACCAUUCUGAUGGAUGAAGUCAAGCUCCGUGAAGAUGCCCGGAAUGUCCAGCACCAGGUUCUGGAGAAGGAUAUUGCCACCCUGAAGGAGGAGAACCUCUCGCUGCACCAUGCUGCCAAGUUGUGGGAGGAGAAGCACAGGGAGACAAGAGAGCAGAUCAAAGUCUACCACAAGUCUCAGAAAGACCUGGAGGAUUCCCUCGUUCAAAAGGACCACAACGUUGAGGUUCUGUCUGACCUGCUAGGAGACCUGGAGGCCUGCGAUGACCUGAAAGGUGGAGUUGUGGCUAACGGGGAAGCCUUUAACGACAAGCAGACCAUCAUCCAAAACCGCGUUAAGCAAAUGAUGGUCGUCUCUCGGAACUUUCCACAGGUCCAGACCACUCUGUCUGUUGUGGAGAAAGAGCGCGAUCGCUUCAUGACCAAGCUGCUGAACGAAGAGAAGUCCAGGAAAGAGCUGGAAGAGCAAUUUCAGAAGUUGGAGCAUGACAUCUUGUUGGUGAAAAGUGACAAGAACCACAUGGAGAACCAGUACAAGACCCUGCAGCAGAAGAAUGACAUCAUGACUGAGAUGUACCAGCAGAAGGAGAACGCUUUGCAGCAGAAGCUGACCAAGGAGGAGUUUGAGCGCCCCAACAAGGAAGACCGGCUGACGAAGGUGGACAGCAAGGCCCUAGAGGAGGAGGUCAAGGUGUGUAGGCAGCGCGUUAAAGAGAUCCAGGAUAAGCUGAAACGGACCGAGAAGUCCUACAAAGCCCAGAUCAUUAAGCAGGAGCAGAAAUCUCACGAGAACUGGGCGAUUGCACGCGCCGCAGAGCAAGCUAUGUUCAACGAGAAGAAGGAAAACAUUCACCUUCAUAACUUACUGACUUCCAUGUCCAGCAAGCUGAAUGAGCUCCGUAGGCCUCUGUUCAAGCCCACCCUUGGGAUGGCUCCCAUGCCUCUCCGACGAGGACCACGACCUUGCGGCCGUUACCCUCCUGACCACAAACACCCAGUGGCUUCUAGACCUGACACCAUGGCCCCAAGUACAUCCUCACCAAGCGAUCUGGGCAGCUCGACCGCUCCACUAGAGUCACAGGCUGAGGCCCAGGCCUCCACAGAGAACCCAGAGGCAAACACUCGACCUCAGGGUCCUGGCUCCCUGCUGGUCUCUCCCAUCAGGCCCCCCCCCCGACUCAAGACCCGGCCCCCUCAGACCAGUCAUCAGCCAUCCCUCCGGACUCUGCUACCGUCCCAUUCCCGGACGCCACCACAUCCCUCCUCCCCCACCCUUCAUGCCUCCCGUGUACCGACCAGACAACGGACACUCAGGCAUGAUGCCUCCUGGACCCCCACCGCCUAACGGACACCCGUUGAUACCACCCGGACAUCGGCGUCCAACUCCUGGUGCUUACAGUCCCCCUUCCCCACACAACCGGUACCUUCCUCCACCUUCUCACUAUGAACCGGUGCCUCCCCCAUUCGGUGUUUCCGGCAGCACUCCUAUGGCCCGACCCAUGGGACCCCCACAUACCUACGUGCACUAUGGACCACUUGAUCACUCCAUCCUGCCCCCUGGGGUGGCCCCAUACCCUCAUGUCGGCCCCAGAGACUUCCCUGUGCAGCCACAGGUCCCACAUGGCCAUGACUCUUCAGUGGGCCCCCAGCCCGGCGCUGGCCCCCAGGGCCAGGGGCAAGACUAUAGGUCCCAGCAGGCAACAGCUGCCCCCCAGGACUCAGACAGAAAAUAAAUAUAUGAUAUACUUGCAAACAACAGAAGUAUCUAAAAAGUUAGUUCCUAUUAAAGCAUCAGAAAAUCAAUGUCUUAUGUUUCUUGUCUGAAAUGUAAUAGACUUGAAGAGGAGUAGUACUGAGGCUUGUUACUCUGCAAGAGGUCCUAUUGUGCAAUAACAUUUCUAUUGUGUGACUGAGCUUUUUAUAAAAGGUUAUUAUGUUGAUUUUUGUAUUCAUUUCACAAUGUUAUCAUGGUUUCCUGUGGAAAUUAUUAUUAAAAAGAAAUGGAGCCCAAGCUUUUGGGUUGCUUGAUCAAUCAUUUCAGAAGUACCAUAUUAUCUGAGCUCUUCCCAAAACUCUCUUCAGAAUGAACUGAAAGGGAAGGUUGAAAGUCAGAUGUAAUUUACUGUUCUUAGGAUAUUUUAUUAAUAAAACUGGUAAAAGAUACUGCAGUUUUCUAUUGUUCAUAUGACGCAUAUGACAACUUUUGCGAUCCAUUUUAGU